UAUCAUCAACAAAAAUUGCGUUCAACAUUGAACUAGGCAUAUUUGCCUUAAUUCUUGCCUGUAUAGCAUGGUUGGCACAAAAAUUUUGUGCUUUGCCUUCACCGUCAUCAUCUUUAUCCAGGCAUAAUGAUGACGGUGAUUCUUUACCGAAUUCUGUUCAUAAACAACAACAACAACAACAACAACAUCAACCUAAAACGAUCAUCAUCGGUACCAUUCAAAAUGGUAAAACCUUUACUGAUGAUGAUUAUGAUGGUGAUGGUGGUGAUAAUAAUGUUAAACUAAAUAAUUGUAGUAUCAAUAAAAACUUUAAUAAUCGUAGAUGUACUAAUUCACAAACAGAGAUUCGACUACGAAACAUAAAUUACCGACCAAUACAACUGGUUGAUACGGCUACACAGACCAUCAUAGAAAAAUCUAUACAACAACAACAAGAAGAUUAUAAUCCAUCAUUACAGAAACAAGAUAAACCACAGAAUUUUUUCAUAGAACACCAACGAUAUAAUUACGGUUACGACAGUGAUCAACGAUCAACAUCAUCGAUUGCGCAUUCAGAAUUUGAAUACUAUCCGAUUGUUGGUGAAGAUAAUUAUUGUUGUAAUCGAUUACAGCAUCAACAGCAGCAGCAACAACAACAACAACAACAACAACGACGACAAAAUCGAUUUAGUGCCGAUUUUGAAACCGAUAGCGAUUGGUCAAGUGUACAAUCAAUACCAUUGGCAAUUUUCAAUACAAAAAUGGCAACAACAAUACCACAAUCACCAAUUGCAGUUGCACCGCCGCCGCCACCACCACCACCACCACCAAUGCCUGGAACUUCCGGUGCAUUACCAAUGCCUGAUUGGCGUGAUCUUUAUCCAUCACAACCACCAACAUCCAUAAGACGUGAACAUCCACCGAGUAAAGAGGAGAUUGAAAAACAACAAUACGCACAUUUACCGGAUAAAUUAUUGAAUGCAAUGAAUAAGGAUAAAAAACCAUUCACAUAUACACCAAGUGGUGUGUCAAGUGAAAAAGGAGUACUCGAUCUAAGUGAAAUUCGUUCACCACGUAUGAAAAAACGUUUAUUAGCCAAUUUACAUGCUGGGGAAGAGGAAGAGAAUGAAGAUCAACCAAUAACGAAAACAGAUUCUUUACAGAAUCAACCAAAAUCACCUAAUGCUCAUCAAUAUACAGCAAGUCCAUUUGUAUUGCCACCGAUUCCGGCUGAUGCAGCACAAAAACUUCGUCCAUCUAGUCCAUCUGGUUUAGGUUGCCAGAACAAUUUAAAUAACAAUAAAAAAGAAGUUCGUUUUGCGCCGUCACCGAUUCCAAUGCUAUCCUGUGAUGAUAAUGAAUUGAUUAGUAAAUUGGCAGCACGAAAACAGGAUGUUGAAUCACGUGCAACAAUAGUAACAAAUAAUCCUAUUGAUGAUGAUACUGAUGGUGAUAAUAGACAAUCACAACAGCCAAAUUUUCAAACAGCUGAGCAAAAGAAAUUCGAACCUGAUAUGAAUCAACUUUGUUUGAAUGCAGCUGAAGCCGUUCGAACAGCUCGUGGUAUAGCAGAUAUGAAUGAUGUGAACAGCAACAAUCAUCCACAUUUAAAUUCUGUAUAUGGUGGCAACCAAAUGGAUGAAUUGAAUGAAACAUUUCAAAAUCAAUUACGAUUUGAACCGUCUACACAAGUUCAAGUGGCAAAUUUUCAGCAACAACAAACGCCUACAACUUUCAAUACAGAUGUUCUUAAACACGUUCUGGAUUCCGGUUUACAAGAUGAAAUUGAUAAAUUUGAAGAAAUGGGUGCUAAAAUGGGAUCAACAUCACCGAAUCUACCACCAUCGUUGGAAGCUCCAAAUUAUUGUUCCAGGCCAAUGAAUUAUAGAGGAAUAGCACCACCACCGAUCCCACCGAAACCGCAAAAUUUGAUGGAUGGCCGCACAAGUUGUCCGCCGAAUCCAUUUUCAUAUAAUGAUAAUAAUAAUAAUAAUAAUAAUGGUCAACAGAAGGAUUUUAUCAAUAGUUAUCGAUGUAUUUCACCAUCCGUUGAUAUUUGGAAACGAACACAACAGAAUAAUAACGCUAAUGGUUACAAUUGCAGCAAUUCAAAACCACGACCAUUCAGCAGAUCAACUAUGAAUGAAACGACGUUCACAAAUCAGUCGCCACUACAAUCAUUUCAAUCGCCAUCAAACGAACGAACAAUACCGAUUCGAAUGGACAAUGGAUAUUCUGCAUCGUUGCCGAGAAAGAUUAAAUUGGGUCAAGAAUUUCCACAGCCUCGAUCAUAUGAAAAUCCAGAAUCUGGUCGUGAAUAUCUUCAACAAGCUGGAAUGUUUUCACAAUUACCACCGAAACAGAUGGAUUCACCGACACAAUCGAAAAUGUUUUUCGGACUAAAUUCAAGGCAGCAGCAGCAACAACAACAACAACCACUGUUUGAAUCGGAACAUGCUAAAACCUAUGUUGAUCCAGAGGCAAAUCGUGAAUAUCUUUCACAGGCUGGAAUGUUUUCACAAUUACCACCACCACCACUACAUCAUCAACAACAACAACAAACAUUUACAACAUUUAAAUCACGUCAAUCUUCAUUGCCACCAUUAUCGAAUGGUAAUGGUAUUAGUGGCAAUAAAAUUGGGCCAGAAUCACCAGUCGGAACACCACCGAUAAAUCCAUGGAAACAAAUGGCACAAAUGAAUAAUUCUGGCCAUCGAUUAUCAAUGUCGGAAUUACGAAAACUUCCACCAUCUGAACGUCCACAUGAAUCGGCUCCAUUAAAAUAUACAGGUGCAAAUAUCCCAUCACGAUCGUUUCGAAUUCUGCAGCUAAUUACCGGUGAAGAUGUACCGAAUCAAUUUGUACAGGAACAGGAAAAUGAUCAACGUACAAAUCAUCAUCAUCAUCAACAACAACGUCGUCAACCACCACCACCGCCACCACCACGUUCAGAUUCUUAUCGGCCAGCAUCACAACAAUCAUUUCGAACGCCAUCAACAUCACAACAAUUUGAGCAAUAUGAAUAUCAACAAACAACGAUACCUAGGCCUGAAUCGGCAAUGCCAAUGAUUGGAAAUUAUAAUCAAAAUCAACAACAACAACAACAACAAUUAUUAAUGAAUCAUUAUCGUAAUCAAGAACCUCAACAACAACAACAACAACAACAUACACAAUCAACCGUAUAUGCUAGUUCGGCUCAUGGAACAGAUUUUUAGAUCUAAUGACAAAAAUUCAAUCAUGAUUCAAAUUGCAAUUACUUAAUUUUAUUGAUUAUUAUUAUCAUAUGAAUUAUUUUCA